UUCUCACUGCCUCUCACUGCGUGUGUGUGUGGUUUUUUUUCACUGAUUUUCUUGGUAUAAUUUAUACUAUUUUUGUUUUCGCUUCAAGUAUUGGUUACUGAUAAUCGAUGAGAGAAUGGGGAAAACAUCGGUGAUAAUCUACAUUACUGUAGCCAUAGUUCUCCUCCUCCUCAUCUCAAAAUCCCCUCAAAAUUCCAACCACGAUAGUCACAGCCACCGUCACCGCCGUCUGAAGCUCCGUUCCAACUUCACCUUCGCACCACCGUCGUUAAAUCACCAUGAACGUCACGUCCCUUUCGACCCUUUAGUGGCGGACAUUGAGCGGAAGCGGGAGGACAGAGAAUGGGAGAAGAGGUACUUGGAAAGUCACCACCCCGAGUUGACUCGGUCGUCGAUGAGUCAACACGGAGAAGCUAUGCCUGCUGAAUCGCAGCCCGAGUGGGAGGAUUUUAUGGAUGCUGAGGAUUACUUGAAUGACGAGGAGAGGUUUAAUGUGACUCAUAGGUUGGUGCUUUUGUUCCCGAAGAUUGAUGUGGACCCGGCUGAUGGAUUUGUGACUGAGCCUGAGUUGACUCGGUGGAACUUGGCGCAGAGUGAGAAGGAGGUUUUGCAUAGGACACAGAGGGAGUUGGAGAUCCAUGAUAAGAAUAAAGAUGGGCUUGUGUCCUUUUCUGAGUAUGAGCCUCCCAGCUGGGUCAAACCUUCAGGUAGUGAUUCCUCGGGAAUUGAUAUGGGUUGGUGGAAAGAAGAGCAUUUUAAUGCAUCAGAUGCAGAUGGUGAUGGUCUUUUGAAUAUUACAGAGUUUAAUGACUUUCUGCAUCCAGCUGAUACAAAAAAUCCCAAACUACUUAAUUGGUUGUGCAAGGAAGAAAUCAGAGAAAGAGAUUCUGAUAAAGAUGGUAGGGUCAGCUUCAAAGAGUUUUUCCAUGGGCUUUUUGACCUGGUAAGGAACUAUGAUGAAGAGGAUCACAAUUCUGAGCACCAGUCUGAUGAUUCACGAGAAGCCCCAGCCAAGAAGUUGUUUUCCCAGCUUGACAAGGAUGGCGACAGGUUCUUGUCAGAUGUGGAACUGCUACCAAUUAUUGGAAAGCUUCAUCCGUCUGAACAUUAUUAUGCUAAACAACAGGCAGACUACGUCAUACAACAGGCUGAUUCAGAUAAAGAUGGACGCCUGACAUUGACAGAAAUGAUUGACAGCCCAUAUGUAUUCUAUAGCGCCAUAUUCAGUGAUGAUGAAGAUGAAGACUUUGAAUAUCACGACGAGUUCCGUUGAUUGAUAACUAGGUAAGGUUUUCAGUUUGGUACAGAUGAAACAUCUAGAACUCUCUUGAUCAAAGCUCCUACUAUAGAAUUAUAAUCACCAAUGGUGGAGACAUUGGCAAACGUCAUGUGAAUGAUGUCCAAAAUUACAUACUUUGGUGCGUUUUCUUAUUUGCAUCAGAAUGCCUUCUUGAUAUUUGAGAAUCUUAAGGAUCACAAGCUCAAAUUUUCUUGCAUUAUUUCGGUUUAUGGAUUUUUGGCAGUUUUAGUUGAGUUAUUGGCUAGGGACAAUUUACCAGGCUAAGGGUUUGUUGUUUAGUUGUCCACAAUUAUUUUACCUUGUCAAUCUGCACCCAUUAUUUUAAUUUAUUUGAUGCUUUAGGAAGUUGAGAAUAUAUUGUAUUACAGAUAUAAUGCUGAAGUAAAGAUAAUAUGAUGUUGAUUUACUUCACAAGACAUCCUAGCAUUUGUAAAAUGUGAUUUCAUAAAUGGCAUUUUUUUC